CAUAAAAAUGUCAUCCAGAAGACAAGUUGAAGUGUUUAUGAAUUUCAACUUUGGCGGAAACAACGAGUGAAAGAGAUGAGAAAUGAUAUCUGGAGCUGAAAACCUAAAUUGAGAACUCAAGUUGAUCUCCUAAGCAUUGGAUUCAUAUUGAGCAAAGCAAUUUUCUGGGAAAAUGGGAGAUCUUUAUGCAUUAGACUUUGAUGGGGUUAUAUGUGAUAGCUGUGGAGAGAGCUCUCUAUCUGCUGUGAAGGCAGCUAAGGUAAGAUGGCCCGGCCUAUUUGAUGGUGUUGAUUCAGCCGUGGAGGAAUGGAUUGUGGAUCAGAUGCACAUUGUUCGACCAGUCGUGGAAACAGGAUACGAAAAUUUACUGCUUGUGAGGCUGCUGUUGGAAUCCCAGGUCCCCACAAUUAGAAAGUCCUCGGUUGCAGUAGGACUCACAAGUGAAAGAAUACUGGAGGACUGGUCCAACUUGAAGCCCAUCAUUAUGAAGGAGUGGGAUGAGAACAAAGAUGAUUUAGUAGAGCUUUUUGGGAAGGUUAGGGAUGAAUGGAUAGACAGUGACUUGUCAAGUUGGAUUGGUGCAAAUAGAUUGUAUCCAGGUGUAUCAGAGGCUCUGAAAUUUUCAAGUUCAAGGGUAUACAUUGUGACAACUAAACAGGGUCGUUUUGCUGAGGUGUUACUGAAAGAGCUUGCUGGGGUGAACAUUCCUUCUGACCGAAUCUAUGGUCUGGGAACUGGUCCCAAGGUGGAAGUGCUAAAGCAGCUCCAAAGGAUGCCAGAACACCAGGGUCUAAAGCUCCACUUUGUGGAAGAUCGAAUUGCGACUUUGAAAAAUGUUAUUAAAGAACCAGAAUUGGAUGCAUGGAAUUUGUAUUUGGUGGACUGGGGUUACAACACUGAGAGUGAGAGGGGGGAAGGAGCAAGCAUUCCCAGAAUUCAACUGCUACAGAUAAGUAGACCAAGCAGAACUCGUGGAGGACCAUAACUGUAGUAAUCAAGUGCAUCCAUUAGAAAGGAAGAACCUCUGGUUUUCUCCAGCUCUAGUCACAUUUUCAGCAGCUGACGUCAAGCUAAAGAUAUGCAAUGUUCUGUCUCCAGUGGUGAAUAAGAAGAUAGAUGGUCCAACUUCAGGAAACAUUGCGGAUUCUCCUUUUGGAGGAGCGCAAGAAUCUCGAAUCAUUAACGGGUGUAUCUCAUUAUAAAACAGUGGUUCUAUAUGAACCGUGGUAUAAAACCACAUGAAAACCGGUGCACAUAAUGAUGUGGGUCCCGCCCUUCAAUGGAAAACAGGGGAUCCCAUUAAUGGGUUGGUGUGUCUAGCGGUUGUUUUUGUGGUUUGAACCACGGUUCACCAAGCAUUUCUGUAAUUUAAAACCACCUCUUUGAAAGUUCAGUUUCAAUUCC